GAGCUCUACAAAUCCAUAGAUAUCACCCACUCAGUUACAAGUGAGUACAACAGCACGCUCAUUCUUGCACCCGUCAAGUACAUCCACGUCCGCAAAGGCGUGUUCAGACACCUCACAAAGUUUAAGCCUGUCACGCGUUUGGACAACAUCUCAUAUUUCCGGGUUGAAGAUGCAUACAGGAUC